AACCCGCCGAAGUCCCCGCCCUCCACUCUGGAUACACAUUGAUAGCUCCUGUUGGUGGCAGCAAUCCUGUCAGCUGGCUAGCUAAGGAAGCCGCGGGCGGGCGGGCGGGCGUCUUAGCAGCAGCAGCUUCAGUCACAUCUUCAGCUGCAGCAGCAGCCAGCGCACCUCUCCCAGGCUGAGCCCAACGCUGCCCGGUAGCGUUGCCCUCUGGGUGCUGAACGCGGGCCGCUGCCCCCUUUCUCUCCUGGGCUAGAGGCUAGUCUGCACGCCCUGCCUUCCUGCCUGCCGCCGGCGCUCCCGCAGCUGCCCCGGGCUCCAUCUCUAUCUCCCAGUCCGCGUCCGUCUGUCUCUGCUGGGCUCGGUGAGCCCGCUCCUCCGACCAGAUGAUGAACUUCUUGCGGCGCCGCCUCUCUGACAGCAGCUUCAUUGCCAACCUGCCCAAUGGCUACAUGACCGACUUGCAGCGGCCGGAGCCUCAGCAACCCCCACCGCCGCCCCCAGGGUCGGCCGCGGGCCCCGCCGGGCCACCGGCAGCUGGCUCCCCGGCCCCCGAACGAAGGCCGCCGCCGCCCCAGGCGCAGGGACAGUCCCAUCAGCCUGCACCCCAGCCGGCUCCACCGCAGGCGCAACCGGCAGCCCCGGUGCAGUCCAUGAGCAGCAGCUUCUUCAGCUCCUUGUCCAACGCCGUGAAGCAGACCGCCGCCUCGGCUGGGCUAGUGGACGCCCCCUCCAGCACCCCUGCCGCCUCCAGGAAGUCCAAGUUGCUCCUGGUCAUCGAUGAAUCCCACACCGACUGGGCCAAGUGUUUUCGGGGCAAAAAGGUCUGUGGAGAUUACGACAUCAAAGUGGAACAGGCAGAAUUUUCAGAGCUCAACUUGGUGGCCCAUGCUGAUGGAACCUAUGCUGUAGACAUGCAGGUCUUCCGAAAUGGCACAAAGGUUGUCAGAUCCUUCCGGCCAGACUUUGUGCUCGUCCGACAGCACUCCUUUGGCAUGGCGGAGAAUGAGGACUACCGAAACCUGAUCAUUGGCAUGCACUAUGCUGGCAUCCCCAGCGUCAACUCCCUUGAUUCCAUCUACAACUUCUGCGACAAGCCCUGGGUGUUUGCUCAACUGGUGGCCAUCUACAAGAAUCUAGGAGGAGAGAAAUUUCCUCUCAUUGAGCAGACAUUCUACCCCAACCACAAAGAGAUGCUGACACUACCGACAUUCCCUGUGGUGGUCAAGAUUGGACAUGCACACUCGGGGAUGGGGAAGGUAAAAGUGGAAAAUCACUAUGACUUCCAGGAUAUUGCCAGUGUGGUAGCCCUCACCCAGACCUAUGCCACAGCUGAACCAUUCAUUGAUGCCAAGUAUGACAUUCGGAUCCAAAAGAUUGGCAACAACUACAAAGCUUAUAUGAGGACAUCCAUCUCAGGAAAUUGGAAGACAAACACUGGAUCUGCAAUGCUAGAGCAGAUUGCUAUGUCGGACAGGUAUAAGCUGUGGGUGGACUCCUGCUCUGAGAUAUUUGGAGGCCUCGAUAUCUGUGCUGUCAAGGCUGUACAUGGCAAGGAUGGGAAGGACUACAUUUUUGAGGUCAUGGAUUGUGCAAUGCCUCUAAUUGGGGAACACCAGGUGGAGGACAGACAGCUAAUCACUGAUCUGGUCAUCACCAAAAUGAACCAGCUGCUCUCUAGGACCCCUGCCCUGUCUCCCCAGAGACCCUCAACUACCCAGCAACCACAGAGUGGGACACUGAAGGAUCCGGAUUUGAGCAAGUCACCACCGCAACGCCCCGCCCCUCAAGGGGGCCCUGGGCAUCCCCAAGGAUUGCAGUCCCCAAGCAAAGUGCUGCCUUCACGACGAUUAUCCCCGGGACCAACACCAACACCACACUCUUCCUCCUCCUCUUCCUCUUCCUCCUCCUCUUCCUCCUCCUCUUCCUCGGCUCCUCAUCCCGGCGGCCCAGCCGCACAGGCCAGUCCGAACUCCAGCUCACUGAACCAGCCCCAGCCAUCUCAGAGGGAGCCUCGGAAAACCCAGCCUCAUCCACAGCUAAACAAGUCCCAGUCCUUGACCAAUGCCUUCAGCUUCACUGAGUCCUCCUUCUUCCGGUCAUCAUCGAAUGAGGACGAAGCCAAAGCCGAGACCAUCCGCAACUUGAGGAAAUCCUUUGCCAGCCUCUUUUCAGAUUAAGUCCUUGGAUCCCCAGAUCUCUCACCCAAUGCAUCUAGCACCUCUGACAGCUCCGGGCCCUGCCCUGCCUUGCCCUGUUUAGUGAUGAUAAUACCCCUGUGACCACCAUCCUGCCCUGCCCUGUCCCACCACCCCACCACCACUCUUCUCUGCUCCAUUCAUUGUAUCAAGCAAUUUAUGUAGCUUUUAAAGGAUCCCGAGAGGGCAGGUACAUGUUAGCAGAGAUGAAAGCAUGGACUUUCCCAGCACCCCGAAACCUCUAUGUCAAGGUCCCAGUUAGCUGUGAUUUCCGUGGCCUUAUUGUGAUGCUCAAUCAUAUCUCAUUCUCUGUCGACACCCUGUGACACCAGGAGAGCUUUCCUGGAGGGCUCUGGGUGGCUUUAGUUAGUUCACAUAGAAUAUAGUUGCAUGCUUCUUUUAAGUUGUUUGUUUUCAUUUUCUUUUCUUUAUACUUUGUUGGUAUUCAGUAUUUUAUAUGUGGAGAGCCUCCAGAAACACUCCACCCUCAGAUUCUUAGGAACCCAUUCACACAUGUCUCCCCUCUCAGUUUAAUUGUGAAAAAAAAAAGAAAAGAAGCUGGUUUCCUUGUGACCCUAAGAGUCUAGCACUGGCUACAGUGUCCUGUUGUGUUUGUGAAGCACUAUCAGCCUCAUGAAAUGGCUCCACAUUCUCCUUUUUUCCUUCCUGGCCCAUGUGCCAGGAGAACCGAGCUUUGAAGCUACACUGUGAAGAGAUAUGCAUGGCAGUGUGAUAGCACCAAGGCUAGUUCUGUGUUCACUCAAAAAUAAAUGCUAAGCCCUGUGGUUAAAAGCCAAAAAA